CUUCUCUCUCUAUUCGUUUAGUAGUGAUUACUCUUGAAAAUGUAUAGAAAGAAUUUAAUUUAGGAAAUGAUUGAAAAAUACCGAUUAUUAGCUAAAGCGAAUUAAAUUCAAAAAUCAUACCGCAACGAUUGGUAUGAAAUAAACACUAACAAAUGGAAUAUCAAAUCCUUGAUGAGGAUACGUUAACUGAAGUUGAUAUCUUAGGGAAAAAUUCGGAUAGUGGACGUGAUAGUAGUGAAGUUGCCUUUGAAGCGUCUAAAUCAGAUUCAGGCAUAGCGACUGAUUCAAAUACCCCAUCCAAACGAAAAAUUAGUUUUGCCUGGGAUUAUUUUCGCGCCGUCUACGGUACUAGUCAAUAUCAGUGUUUGGUUUGUCAAGCCUGUGUGGGCAAUAAAAUUAGUAAUUUAGCUCGCCAUUUGGCGGUAUCUCAUGACAUUACAAGGCAGAGUGUGAAAGGCGAGUACUUUUCUUUACGAACUCGCCCUAGUCGCAGCUUCAUUUGGAAAUAUUGCACAAAGGAGAAUAAUAAACAGGCUCGCUGCCAUCUUUGCAAUAAAGUUUUGUAUUUCGGUGGCGGCAAUACAGCCAAUAUCACCAAACACUUGAAACGUAUGCACGGUGAUAUAAUCGAGAAUAAGAGCGAUUCAGUUAUGGAUGACGAGACGAUGCAAGCAACUGCAGCUCUGAAUCAAACAGCUUAUGAGGAAGAGCUUAAUGGUCGCAAUAGCGACGAUAUCAGCUCUAGAGAGCGUAAAGAACGUAGGGGAGCUAGUUAUGUUUGGAAUUAUUGCGAGAAAUUAUCGAGUCACACGAUACGCUGCAAAUUGUGCACAAAAGUCAUGUCCUUUCAUGGCACGGCGAAUGUAAUAACGCACUUGCAACGACGUCAUAAUGUGCUUGGGGAUACUGCAACAGUUCAGGUCAACUAUAAACAAGAUAAUUUUGAAGGCAUAAACAUUGCUGAGAGCCCAGAUAUUUAUGACAACACGGAUUCUUUACCUAAGGUUGGCCGUAAAUCUAUGAAUAGAGAAAGCGUAGUAUGGAAAUAUUGCACCCCAAUUGGUCAAGAUCAGGUGCGAUGUCUGUUUUGUAAAAAAAACCUCUCAUAUCAGGGUACAAGUAAUUUACAACGUCAUCUGCAUCGUAUGCAUGGAGUGGUUACGCAUGGUCGCAAAACUAAACUACCUGCAGAUACUGAACUUAUAACAACAAUUAAAGAGGAGAGUUUUAAAUUGCCAUCAAAUGUUGAUUUUAUUUGGCAAUUUGUGAAACAACUAGAAGAUGGUCAAAAAUCAAAGUGCAAUAUGUGCGAUGCAGUUUUCGAAGCUAAAGAAAUCGAAGCCAUAGCCAAACAUUUAACUAUGGUUCAUGCCGUUGAGCCGAAUCCUGAUAGUAAAUUAAAUAUAUUACGAACACGAAAACGUACUCGACAUGUAGACUUUGAGACCAGUGACGAUGGCAAUUACGAUGAAGAUUUUAAUAUCAGUAAGUGGAGUAAAAUAGAAGACGCCGAUAAUCAAAUCUCAGAUUUCGAUGAGAAUAUUAAAAAAGAGGAUUCUUUGUUUGAUGACAUUAUAGAAGAAGAUCGGGAUCAUGCCAACAACUACGAUGAGGAUCCUUUUGAUCAGAAUAUAGUACAAGAAGUAUCGCAGCCGAAUCCCCUUUCUGCGCACAGUUCUCGAGAUCAUUCUCCUGACAAUAUAAUACUUCCGCAGACGAAUUUACCUUUACAAUCGUUGUUAACACCCGCUACAACUGCUACUGCCGGUCAUGCAGAAUCUAAAAUAUUAUUGAAAUUACAAGAAGACCGCUUACGUAUGGAAACCGAAUAUUUUCGCGAAAAAGCCGGUUAUUAUCGAAUGCAAAAGUACCUGACAGCUUUGCAAGCUAAAAAGGUGCGCAUUGAAUUGCAGCGUCUUAACGAAACUGAGAGUACAGUUGUCACUACAGCCGAUUUAAAUGGGCCUUAUACCGUAGAUGUUGGUCUCAGCGAUCACAUAAGCACACAAUAGUUCUAUUUAGCGUAGUCAUCGCAUUUAUAAACCUUCUUUUCUCAUUACGUUCGAACAGACGUAGAAUAAAUUCUAUUUAAGUAAAUUUAUGCAAAGGUUUGUAAACUUUCGGCAAUUCCUCAAAUUGCCUUAAGGAAAUUUGCCAGCGACGCGAAGAAGAGAAGAGGAGCCAGCGUAUGCAAUGUUUUUAACAAGAAUGUUUUUUGUCAUUUCUUAUAAGUAAAUAUUUCGUUUUAUUAGGCUCGAGUGAUAACGAUAGAAAAUUUUCAUCAUCAUGAACCUGGUUCAAAAUGAAGUAGUUUACAAAUGUCUACAUAGAGAUAAGUAACAAUUCAUUAAUUCAAAUUUUUUUUUUUUUU